AUGAUCAUGGUCAUCGAACAGAAGAUUGCAUCACUGAGAAUGGAAGUGAACGAGCUACUAAAAAAAGGUCACUUGAGAGAAUUUCUCUCUGACAGAGCGAAGAAUCGACUGGACGACAGGAACGACGAAAGAGCAACGAAAAAACCAGCCCCCACUUCGUCACCGAGACACGACCGGGUUAUCCACGUCAUUUCAGGAGGUUCGGAGAUCAGUGGAAUAACCCAUUCGGCCGCUAGGAGGAGCACUAGAACAGCUAGAAGUAACCAUGGACAUGGAGAUGUUAAAGCCAUGGACGAACAACUGUCUAGGUGCUCCAUCAGCUUUGAUUUCGACGAAGACAUGAAUGUGAUAGCCCCACAUCAUGAUGCACUAGUCAUAUCUUUGACUGUUGCUAAUAGCUUGGUGAAGCGAACACUCGUUGAUAAUGGGAGCUCGACCAAUAUCUAUUCAUGGAUGCUUACAAGGAAUUAG